UGCUCGCCUCCCGCGCCGCCGCUGCCGCCGCACCACCCGGCAUGCACCCGCACAGCCAGAGCGGCAGCAGCAGCAACGACGCGGGCCGCGCUCCGCCCCCGCUGCCCCCGGGACACUCCCCCGCCGCCUCCACCUUCUCCACGUUCGGACACCACCCACACCGACACAGGCACCAAGGUUCGACAGCGUCGCCGGGGCACCCGCCACCGCCGGACUUCGCGACGCUGCCGCUGCACCACCAGCACCCGGCGCACCAGCACGACCACCAGCGCCACCACCGCCACCACCACCCGCAGGCACCGCCGCCGCCCGCCGUGCCGCCCGCCCCCACGGCCGAGCAGAGGUUCCGCGCGGAGGCCGUCAUCGAGGUGGAGAACGGCCGCGGCCGGGCCGCGGCGCCGCCCCCGCCGCCUCCCCCGGGCUGGGACGUGUCGCGCCCCUACAGCGUGCAGUCCACCAAGUCCGCCCCCGACGUCAUCGUCACCCACUGACAGCGGUGACACGCCGGGGGCUGGGAGCCGUA